AUGACAUCACUUCCGGGUGGCGUCAUCGUGGUGGCGCGCGCACGGACUCCCAGGACGGCACGGGACUCCCCCGCGGUGGACCUGAGGCACUGUGCAGUGUCCACAGCCGUGGCUGAGGUGCAGCAAAUAAUCCAGCGGUUGACGGCUGAAAUUAGCAAAAAGGACUCCCGUUUCCAGGCCAUCUCUGUCUCUGGUGUUCAUCAUGAAAACCUGAAGGUCCUAGCACCCAGCCAGUUCCUGGUCACUGUCCCGUUGGUUGGCUUGACGGGCUACAAAGAGCGCCAAGUGCGGCACUGGCGUUACUACACGGUGCACGGCACAAAGCUCCUGUCUCCCAUCAGGGAUCCGGAGGAGCUGCAACAGUGGCUGGAAGUGGAGCAGUUCUCCAAGAGCCUCCCCCAGUGGCAUGGGGAAGACGUCAACAUCGAGGGCGACCUCGUGCCCGCCGGAGUUCUCGCCGUCUUCCGAAACCUCGUGGAGAAAUCGAUCCACAGUUGCAGUCUCACGGACAAAGUCAGUAUUGCGGAAGGUUUCGGCUCUGUGGUCCGUGUCACUGUGGAGACUUCCGAUUUCCAGGUGGAGGUUGAGCUGGUUCCAGCAAUCGAGAUCCCGACGUGUUGGCCUCAGAAAAGCAAGUGGCCCCGAUGCAUCAAGCCCUGGCCUUGCCGGGAAAAAGUGCAGUGCGUUAAGUCUUUCGGCUUUGACCUCUUGGCCACUUCCAACUACCACUGGCAGCAGAGCUUUUCCCGAGCAGAGCACGUGCUGAUGCAAGGUCUCGACGAAGACGGCGGGUGCCGCCGGAUGUGCUUCCGGGUGAUGAGGCAGAUGAAGGAGAACGUUUGGUGCACGGGGAGCAGGCCUGUCCUCACGGCCUUUCACCUGCAGAUGGUGCUUUUCUGGACUUGUGAGAAGUAUCCUCGCUCCAAGGACUGGUGCUGUUUCCGCAAAGCCUUCCUGCGACUGGUCCGGAAGCUGCACAAAUGUGUGAGCCAGCAUUUCCUGAAACACUAUUUCCUCAAAGACACCAACCUGCUGAAGUACGCCAACACCAAUGCCUUGGACACAGUGGCGGGAAAGCUGGCUGUCUUCUUGGAGAACCCAGUGCUUCCCCAAGACUGA